AUGUCGACAGAGAAUAAAGAUAUCAAGAAAGUGGAUCUGCCAGGCCAAGCUUGCUGGUCCGAGCACUAUCCUCUGGGAAAGGUGGAAUACCAAUGCUACAGCAAGCAAGGCGUCGGAAUUUCUUUUGGCUCACCCACCUCGAGCACCAGUGUGAAUAAUUUUUGGAGAUUAAGUUCUAAUCGCUGA